AUGACUGGCCAGAGCCUGUGGGACCUGUCGGAGGCCAACGUCGAGGAUGGCGAGAUCCGCAUCAACGUAGGCGGCUUCAAGAGGCGGCUGCGCUCGCACACGCUGCUGCGCUUCCCCGAGACGCGCCUGGGCCGCCUGCUGCUCUGCCAUUCGCGCGAGGCCAUUCUGGAGCUCUGCGACGACUAUGACGACGUCCAGCGUGAGUUCUACUUUGACCGCAACCCCGAGCUCUUCCCCUACGUGCUACAUUUCUACCACACCGGCAAGCUUCAUGUCAUGGCGGAGCUGUGCGUCUUCUCCUUCAGCCAGGAGAUCGAGUACUGGGGCAUCAACGAGUUCUUCAUCGACUCCUGCUGCAGCUACAGCUACCACGGCCGCAAAGUGGAGCCCGAACAGGAGAAGUGGGACGAGCAGAGCGACCAGGAGAGCACCACGUCCUCCUUCGAUGAGAUCCUGGCCUUCUACAACGAUGCAUCCAAGUUCGAUGGGCAGCCCCUGGGCAACUUCCGCAGACAGCUGUGGCUGGCGCUGGACAACCCCGGCUACUCGGUCCUGAGCAGGGUCUUCAGCGUCCUGUCCAUCCUCGUGGUGUUGGGGUCCAUCAUCACCAUGUGUCUCAAUAGCCUGCCGGACUUCCAAAUCCCUGACAGCCAGGGCAACCCUGGUGAGGACCCCAGGUUCGAAAUCGUGGAGCACUUUGGCAUCGCCUGGUUCACGUUUGAGUUGAUGGCCAGGUUUGCUGUGGCCCCUGACUUCCUCAAGUUUUUCAAGAAUGCCCUAAACCUUAUCGACCUCAUGUCCAUCAUCCCCUUUUACAUCACUCUGGUGGUAAACCUGGUUGUGGAGAGCACACCUACCUUGGCCAACCUGGGCAGGGUGGCCCAGGUCCUCAGGCUGAUGCGGAUUUUCCGCAUCUUAAAGCUGGCCAGACACUCCACUGGCCUCCGCUCCCUGGGGGCCACACUUAAAUACAGCUACAAAGAAGUAGGGCUGCUUUUGCUGUACCUCUCUGUGGGGAUUUCCAUCUUCUCCGUAGUGGCCUACACUAUCGAAAAGGAGGAGAAUGAGGGCCUGGCCACCAUCCCCGCUUGCUGGUGGUGGGCCACUGUCAGUAUGACCACUGUAGGGUAUGGGGAUGUGGUCCCAGGGACCACGGCAGGGAAGCUGACCGCCUCUGCCUGCAUCUUGGCAGGUAUCCUAGUGGUGGUACUCCCCAUCACCUUGAUCUUCAAUAAGUUCUCCCACUUUUAUCGGCGCCAAAAGCAACUCGAGAGUGCCAUGCGCAGCUGUGACUUUGGGGAUGGAAUGAAGGAGGUCCCUUCCGUCAACUUAAGGGACUACUAUGCCCAUAAAGUUAAAUCCCUCAUGGCGAGCCUGACGAAUAUGAGCAGGAGCUCGCCAAGCGAACUAAGUUUAAAUGAUUCCCUGCAUUAG